AUGAGUAUUAUGGUAAGAAGAUCUGGGAGAAAGGUGAAACAAGUGGAGUAUAUAGAAGGUGAAGAUUCUGAUUCUGGGUCUGAACUGGAAUAUGAAGAAGUCAAAAGGCGGAAAAUCAAGUCCAGACCUCCUAAAUCAACAGGUAGAACCGUAAGUGACACAUUCAUAGAGAAUCAAUUAUAUCAAUCACUUUCCAAUCCUGAAGCGUCAAUUGAUGAAUUGGCUAUUCAAUGGAUUGAAGAUUAUGAGAAAGAUGAAGAAAAUGAUGAGAAUUUGGCCAUAACUGAAUUAAUUAACUUGAUUUUAAGAUGUUGUGGAUGUUUACAUCUCUUUCAACCCCAUGAUCUUGUCAAUUUAGAAUCUGCUGGUGAUACUGUAGCAGAAUUAGUCAUUGUAUUUGAAGACCAGGGCACUCAUGAAUAUCCCUUUGUAUCAAAUCAUAAAGAUUCGAGAUUUUUCAAGACCAAUGUGUUGGAAUUCUUUGAAAAACUUACUAGUAUUUGUCAUAAUAAGGAAUUAUUGUAUAAGAGUUUUGAACAUUCUGAAGAAUCUUUAAGUUCUCCUUUAAUCACCAAAGUUUUCACUUGGUUAUUGUCCUUAAGUAUUUGCACCAUAAGACCUUUAAGAUAUAUUUCCACCUUAAUCUUGAUGAAAAUUCAAACUGAAUUAACUUUAAUAGCUAAAGAAAUAUGUGAAAAUAUCGAAAUUACACAAAAUCAACUUACUAAUAGUAAAAAAUCCAAAAGAAGUAAACAGGAAAGAAUAGCCAUUAUUGACACCAAUUUGAAACGUUUAAACCAUCAAAAAUCAACUAUUAUUGAAUAUUUUAAUGAUAUUACCCAAUCUACGUUUGUCAAUAGAUAUCGAGAUAUUGAUCCGUUGAUCAGACAAGAAUGUAUGGCAGCUUUAAGUGAUUGGAUGAUUAAUUUCCCUGAAUUUUUCUUUCAAUCGACAUAUUUACGUCAUAUUGGUUGGCUUUUAUCGGAUCCCAACAACAAGGUUCGAAGUGAAGCUUCUAAAUCUUUAUUGAAAUUAUACAAACAUACCAAUGGGGAAAAUAUCAUGGAUUCAGGGUUUAGACAAUUUACUGAAAGAUUUAAACCUCUGAUUUUUAAGAUUUGUUAUAAUGAUAAUGAACCCAGUGUUAGAACUAAUCUUCUUCAGGUCUUAGGUGAGCUCUUUAAGUUAGAAUAUUUAUCUUACGAUGAGUGUAUAACGGUGAUUCUGACAUUUUUCCAGUUAAUCAAAUAUGGUACGGAUUUCAGUAAAUCUAACCAGGAAAAGAUGGUUCAAGAGGUUGGGAAGUUCAUAAACAUUGUCAAUAUUGGGAGAUUUCAACAAUUGAAGGAUCAAUUCGAUGGGUUAAUGGCUUGUGAAGGUUUUGAUGUCAAUGAAGGUUUGAAAUUUAACACUUUAAUAGAGAUUUUUAAACAUGCAAGUUCACUGGUUGAACAAAUGUCCAUUAAAGUUCAUGAAAACUACCCUGUGGUGGCUAUUUUCAAAACUUUGUAUCCAUUGGCUUUCUAUCAUAAAUCCUGGGAAUUCAUCAUCAAGUACUUAUUGGUAGAUAUUGAUGGAAUAGAGAUGGAUCCGGAAUUACGUGAAAUUCUAGAUUUAGAUACUAUUGAUAAAGGAUUUUUGCUCCAAAUAUUCCAUGGCUCUUUGAAGUUCAUGGUCAAUAGAAAGAAAGCUGAUAAUGAAAUUGAUGAUAUAAAGAAUUUCUUACCGAAAUUGAUGCCAGAUUUGAACCAACUUUUGUCUGUUGUCACUAAAAAUGAUGGGUUACUCGACGUAUUUAUAAGUAUUUGGAAUACUAUACUUGGUGACGUCAACAACAUCCAUAAUGUUUAUGCUACGUUCCAAGGUGAAAAUGUUGUUGAUUUGUAUAAUAAGAUCAAUACCUCAAUUUUAAGAGUUUUGAAAGGUGAUGUGGUGUUUGAUAACGUUGACCACUUCUUGAAGGUCAUGUUCUCUGGGUAUAUGACAUCGGAAAUAAAAAAUUGUGCAGAUGAAGUGUUGAAGAGUUUAGUCGACAUUUGUAAUUCAGGGCUCGAAUCAUCCAGUCCAUUUAGUAAGUUGGUUGAUCCACUACUGAAAAUCAAUACUUUAGGAUCAUUUACUGAUAUUACAGAUUAUGUUGAGCAAUCAUCUACUGAAGUAUUACCAGUGAUUGAUGUUGUGAAGUUGAGGAUUGAUGAGUUGGACUUCAACACCAGUACCUCAGAAAACUUGAACCAAAUGAAUGAGUUCUUCAAACAGUUUUUGGAUACAGUUUUGAUUGUGAGUUCUUCUAAAUUAGAAACUUUGAUUGGUACCGAAAACCAACUGUUCUUCGAUAUCAACAGAAUGUUUGAUAAUUAUAAUGAAAUAUUUGAUACCCUCCUCAAGCUUUUUGGUGAUGCUGAUGUGUUGGUUGAGGAGUAUGUAAAUGACCUGAGCCGUGAAGAGUAUGUUAAUGAAUUGAAUCAAUUCAGAACUAUUGUUAUGAUUAAAUUAAUCGAUCUUGUGGUAGGUUUAAGAAGAUUUUUUAUGAAGUUCAAUAACUCUAAUUCAUUCCAACAUUUCAAUGAAUUCUUCAAUAACCACAAAACUUUGUCUACGCUUGUCAAGGAUAUACCAGUACAAUUCCAAAAUAAGUUGAUGAGCUUGUUUGUACUCAAAGAAAAAAAGUUAAUGUCAAUUGAGUUGGAAGACUACAAUGAGUCACGUCAUGAAGGUCAACUUGAAAAUGCAAGAGCAGCUCAAAAAGCUUACGAGAUGAAAAAUUCCGCUGACAAUGAUCUUAUAGUGUACACGGUGAAACUAUUCGGUCUCCUUAAUGAGGGAUUGGUUGAUGAAAGUGUUUUGGACCGGAUAAAACUCAAUAAGGAUUCAAUAGGAGGGUUUUAUCGUACUAUAGUUCAACGAUAUGAGGAUAAAUUAGCGAGAGUAGAGCCUGAGGUACGUCUGGCAGAUAAUCAAGCUGUUCUGACCGUACAAUCUACCGAUCCCCCUAUCCAACCUACACAAGAUAACUCAGAUUCCUAUCAAUAG